UGUUGCAGCAGGUGGUCAUUGUGUGCAGUGGACAAGUCAAGUGAAUGGACAUAUUACCGUUUAUUAUUUAUUUUUAUGACAACGCGUGAUUAAAUAUUUUAGAACGUGUUUUUGACGGCUUAUUUUCUUACUUGAAAGGUGUGUGAUUAUAAAUCCAUGUAGUUUUCCCCCGAAUACUUUUGUAUUCUAACAAGGGUGAAACUCCGAAUAGUUGCUGUGUCUUGAGAAACGUGGCUUUUAUGAACAGCUUGUAUUGCAUUUUUGCGGCGAACCAUGGCUUUUGCUAAAUUCAGCAAAAUACUUCGCCUGUCUAAUUUUGACAUAAAAAAGAAGGCAAAACAAUAUGAACACGUUCAUCGAGACAUCAAUCCUAAUGACCAAUGGGAAAUUAUCGGAGAGUUGGGUGAUGGGGCUUUUGGAAAAGUUUACAAGGCCAAGAAUAAGGAGACUGGAGCGCUGGCUGCAGCCAAAGUCAUUGAGACGAAGACUGAGGAGGAGCUGGAGGAUUACAUGGUGGAGAUCGAUAUCCUGGCCAAGUGUGACCACCGCUACAUCGUCAAACUGUUGGACGCCUUCUACCAUGAUGCCAAGCUCUGGAUCAUGAUCGAGUUCUGCCCUGGAGGAGCUGUAGACGCUACUAUGUUAGAGCUGGACCGGGGCCUGAUGGAACCUCAGAUUCAGGUGAUCUGCAGACAGACGCUGGAGGCCCUGGUCUACCUCCACAGCAUCAAGAUCAUCCACAGAGACUUGAAGGCCGGGAACAUCCUCCUCACCCUGGAGGGAGACAUCAAGCUAGCGGAUUUUGGGGUGUCAGCGAAAAAUACCAAAACCCUACAAAGAAGGGACUCUUUCAUAGGAACACCAUACUGGAUGGCUCCGGAGGUGGUGAUGUGUGAGACUAUGAAGGACGCUCCAUACGACUACAAGGCUGACAUCUGGUCCCUUGGUAUCACCCUGAUCGAGCUGGCCCAGAUCGAGCCCCCGCACCACGAACUCAACCCCAUGAGGGUCCUGCUGAAGAUAGCCAAGUCUGAGCCCCCUACCCUGGAGCAGCCCAACAAGUGGUCACAGGAGUUUAAGGAUUUCCUGAAAAAGUCGUUGGAUAAGAAUCCGGAGAGUCGGCCAAACGCAGCCCAGCUCCUGGAGCACCCCUUUGUUUGCUCUGUGAAGACCAACAGACCCUUGCGAGAGCUGGUUGCUGAGGCGAAGGCUGAAGUCAUGGAGGAAAUCGAGGACAAUCGAGAGGAAGGAGAGGAGGAGGACACCGCUGAGCUCUCAGUCCCAGUGCCUCCAGGCAAGGACCCGUCUCAAACCAGUCAAACCAGUCUACAAGGGGACAGUGCCCCAGACACACUCACCAAAACCCCCGUGGGGGCCGAGGCCAAACCCCCCGUGAGACCUUCCCGCACGACGGAUGGCCAGCCGAUCGACCGACAGCUCCCUGAUGAGGGCAUCAGCAUUGUGGACUCUGACAAGCCCGAGAGCGAGGCCUCUGGCAAGGUCUUCUCCAGCUCCGACUCGGGCAUCGAGGAUGGGAAGAGCACCUCGGAUGAGGGCAAGCCUGUGGACACCCCUCUGCCAGAGAACCCGGCCCUGCUGGCACAGCCCGAGAUGGUACCAAAACUACCCCAAAGCCAGUUGGCGGUGAAGGGAGAAAGCGCCAGCAUGGCCGGUGGGGUGGUUCCCGUGAUUGGGGAAAAAGGGCCCCCCACCCCUACCCCAGACCCCACACCUUUGAUCGGGCUGAACGGCAGCAUGAAGAGAGGGCCUUCGAAAAGGGAGAGGGUCCCCAUAGGGGCUAACAUGGACAACCCGAUGGCCCACCACAACGCCAAUGGCAUGAUCUCCAAGAGGUACUCUGACGCGGGCAGCGUGUCUGCUUCUGAGAGCAUGGACAUCAGCCUCAACCUGUCAGGAGACAUGUCAGUCAACAAGGACGAUGGAUCCCUCUGCCCCAGGGUGGACUCUCGUUUCUCCAGUAAGACGUUGAAGCGCACCAGGAAGUUUGUCAUUGACGGCUUGGAGGUCAGCGUGACCACAUCCAAGAUCAUCGGCGAUGAUGAGAAGAAAGAUGAAGAGAUGAGGUUUCUCAGGCGUCAGGAGCUCCGGGAUCUGCGGCUGCUGCAGAAGGAGGAGCACCGUGCCCAAGCGUUACUGAACACAAAGCUGGACGCUCAGAAGGAGCAGAUGCAGCGACGCUUCGACCAGGAGAUGAACGCGAAGAAGAAGUUCUACGACACGGAGCUGGAGAGCCUGGAGAAGCACCAGAAGCAGACCAUCGAGAAGAUGGAGACGGACCACGCCAUUAAGCUCAGGGACGAGACCAAACGCAUCCGCUCGGAACAGGACCGCGACUACAACAAGUUCCAGGAUCAGAUGAAGCGCAACAAAAAAGAGGUGAAGAACGAGAUUGAGAAGCUCCCCAGAAAGUCACGGAAAGACAGCAUGAAACAGAGCAUGAACACCUUUACACAGAUGAAACAAACGGAGGAGCAGAACUUCCUGUCGGCCCAGAAGAACCACCUGGACACAACGCUGAAGAGGAUAAUUUCGGAGAACAAGAGGGAGAUCUCCGAGACGGAGAGGCAGUGUCUCAACAAGAAGCAGAACCUUGUCAGAGACAGGGAAGCUACUAUCUGGGACCUGGAUGAGAAGAACCUUCAUGAGAAGCACCAGUUACUGAAACAGCAGCUAAAAGACCAGUACUUCCUCCAACGGCACCAGCUGCUCAAGAAGCAUGAGAAGGAACAAGAGCAGAUGCAGUGCUACAACCAGAGGAUGAUUGAGCUGCUCAAGGCCCGGCAGCAGCAGGAGAAGGGUCGCCUGCCCAAGAUCCAGCGCAGCGAGGGCAAGACCCGCAUGGUCAUGUUCAAGAAGAGCCUCCGCAUCAACUCCACGGGCAGCACGUCGGAGGACCGCGAGAAGAUCAAACAGUUUGCCCAGCAGGAGGACAAGCGUCAGAAGGCUGAGCGGCUGCACCAGCAGCAGAAGCAUGAGCACCAGAUGAGGGACAUGAUGGGCCAGUGUGAGGGCAACGUCAGGGAGCUCCAGCAGCUACAGAAUGAGAAGUGCCACCUACUCAUUGAGAACGAGACUCAGAGGCUCAAGUCUCUGGAUGAGCAGCACAACCACCAUCUCAAGGAGUGGAGGGAGCAGCUCAAGCCUAGGAAGAAGGCUCUGGAAGAGGAGCUGACCCAGAGGAAGAGGGAACAGGAGGUGUUCUUUAAGAUGAGUGAGAACUCUGAGUGCCUGAGCCCCAGCUCCCCAAACAAACUCACCAAGUUCCUCCCUUACUCUGAAUCCUCUACAACGUAGACUGGCAUCUCACCCCCCAAAACACCCUUAUCCCACACCAUGCCCAGAAGGACCACUGUCAGCUUCCUCAUUCCCCCCCGAACUUUUAUUUCAUUUUUAAGGAAUAGUUAUGUUUUAAGUCCUGUUUAUAAGAUUUUAUCAUUUUAUUAACUCAAGAUGGCAAAGAUUGGUCAUAUUUUCUUUGAGGAUUGUCUUUAACUCCACAUGUGCAUCAUGCUGCUUGAUAGUUAGGGUGUUCUUCAUCCAUGCAGUGUUUCCUUUUUCAUUCUUAUUAAUAUUGCCGACAGCACCAAAUUGCCAGCACCAAAUUGACUCAGAUCCCCAUUGGUUUGUCUACCCAAUAAGCAUGAGAUGCAUCCCAUAUCCCAAAGAGGGUCAGUUGAGGAGUAGUAGUUUAGGUGCAAUGUGGAACACAAGAAAAACAUGUACUUCAGACAAUGUUGUGUUGGUGGGAGCCAAUGAAAACGCACUUUUGUUUCACUGCAAUAUCAGUCUCCUUCCAAAGAGUUUCUCGCUUAAUGAACACACCCAAGUAUGGCGCACAUAAACUCAGCAAAAAAAUAAACUUCAACUGCGUUUAUUUUCAGAAUGUCACAUGUAAGUAUUUGUAUGAACAUAAGCUUAAACAACUGAGACAUAAACUGAACAAGUUCCACAGACAGGUGACUAACAGAAAUUGAAUUGGGGGGACAGUAACUGGUGUAACUGGUGUGGCCACCAGCUGCAUUAAGUACUGCAGUGUAUCUCCUCAUGGACUGUACCAGAUUUGCCAGUUCUUGCUGUGAGAUGUUACCCCACUCUUUCACCAAGGCACCUGCCAUUUCCUGGACAUUUCUGGGGGGGAAAGGUCCUUGCCCUCACCCUCUGAUACAACAGGUCCCAGACGUGGACAUUGAGAUUGAGAUCCGGGCUCUUCACUGGCCAUGGCAGAACACUGACAUUCCAGUCUUGCAGGAAAUCACGCACAGAACGAGUAGAAUGGCAUUGUCAUGUCAGGACGAGUCUGCAGGAAGGGUACCACAUGAGGGAGGGGGUUGUCUUCCCUGUAACGCACAGAGUUAAGAUUGCCUGCAAUGACGACAAGCUCAGUCCGAUGAUACUGUGACACACUGCCCCAGACCACGACGGACCCUCCACCUUCAAAUUGAUCCUGCUCCAGAGUACAGGCCUCUGUGUAACUCUCAUUCCUUCGACAAUAAACGUGAAUCCGACCACCGACACUGGUGAGACAACCACGACUCGUCUGUGAAGAGCACUUUUUGCCAGUCCUGUCUGGUCCAGCGACGGUGGGUUUGUGCCCAUAGGCGACGUUGUUGCCAGUGAUGUCUGGUGAGGACCUGCCUUACAACAGGCCUACAAGCCCUCAGUCCAGCCUCUCUCAGCCUAUUGCGGACAGUCUGAGCACUGAUGGAGGGAUUGUGUGUUCCUGGUGUAAUUCGGGCAGUUGUUGUUGCCAUCCUGUACCUGUCCUGCAGGUGUGAUGUUCGGAUGUACCCAUCCUGUGCAGGUGUUACACGUGGUCUGCCACUGUGAGGACGGACAGCUGAUUGUCCUGUCUCCCUGUAGCGCUGUCUUAGGCGUCUCACAGUACGGACAUUGCAAUUUAUUGCCCUGGCCACAUCUGCACUCCUCAUGCCUCAUUGCAGCAUGCCUAAGGCUUGUUCACACAGAUGGGCAGGGACCCUGCGCAUCUUUCUUUUGGUGUUUUUCAGAGUCAGUAGAAAGGCCUCUUUAGUGUCCUAAGUUUUCAGAACUGUGACCUUAAUUGCCUACCGUCUGUAAGCUGUUAGUCUUAGUGACCGUUCCACAGGUGCAUGUUGAUUGAACAAGCAUGGGAAACAGUCACCCUUUACAGUGAAUAUAUUUUGAUUUUUACGAAUUCUCUGAAAAACGGGGUCCUGAAAACGGGACAUUUCUUUUUUUGCUGAGUCUAUAUCAAGUUGACAAAUUUUCUUUUGACAUUUCUUUAUUACUUCACAAAAGAUCAGCACAGAGCAUGAUCUUCAGAAUUCACUUUCUUUCUGUUAACACAGUGAAUUAAUAGAAUUCCCAGCGAAAUCAGUUGAACUAACUUGGACUGUAAGUUGCUUUUGACAAAAGCAUCUGCUAAAUGGCAUAUUGUAUUAUAUAUUAACUUAAAAUUGCAUUAAAAUGCUCAGAUCAUUUGCCCUCGUUUCGAUCAGAAUAGAGCCCUAGUUUUACAAUUUGAGAAGCUUAAACAUGUAAUGAAUACAGGAGAAGUCAGGGAAGAGUAAUUUAGUCCAAUUUAUUUUAGUUUUUUAAUUCGAGGGUUGAAGAAAAUUGAUAUUCUUUUGAGUUGAUUGUGUUCAUGUCUCAAAUGUUUUUCUGUGCUGCAUUUUUACUGUAAAGGCAAUACUAGCACACUGGAUGGGAAUUAAAAGACAAAGUGGAAUACUGUCUUUGUAGGAAUCUUUAGAGAUAAGUUUUACAUUUAAUGAAAGGUAUUGGGUUUAUUUUCCAUUGUUUGUUGAUAAUACAUGUACUGUCUGCUAACGAAAGUGCAAUAUGUAAUUUUUCCUCCACCAAAGGUGCCUUUCUUUGCACUGAGGAGUAUAUUAAGUUAUGAGGUAGUGCAUCGGAGCUAUUUUGCAGUUAAUAUGUAUCCUGCUGCUUUUGAAAAUGGGGCUUGUUUUCUUGACCAAUUAGACCUGUUAGAUCACUGGAGGCCCGAGUGGCUGCGGAUAUUCGCUCUUCCCUUCUACUUGAUUGAUAAAUGAAGGCCACUGAUUUAGUAAGGAACUCCACACCUGGUUGUAUAAGUCUUAAUUCAAAGGAAAAGCCAGCAGGCGCUAGGCCCUCCAUGGAAUGGGUUUGACAGCGCUGUGUUAAUCUACAGUAAUUUGGUCAACUGUCAGGUACAACUACUCUCUCAAGAUGUAUUUUAAUUUGUUUGUUUUUCUCUCUUCUGUUGUCGUUUGCAAUGACUGUCUUUUUCUGUCUGUGUUUACCUUUUUUUUAAAGUUUAUUUUGUAAGGGGUGUGAGUGAAUGAAUGACUGUUCAGCAGAAGGAACCAUUGUUGUACAUGAGUCUAAUAAAUGCAAACGUUCUAAUGUC